AAUCAUGUUUAAUGUUUUUCCAGGUUAGCACUCUGAAAGCUAAACCCCAAUUAAAAGAUGGCAAGACCCUCGUACAUGUGCAAUCUUUUGCUAAAGAAUAUUACUCUACCACCUGACUGCCAAACCGCUAGUACAGUAUGUUGUGUUGGACAAUGCUGCUUUGUGAAUCGACACAGAAAAGAGGUUUGGGAGAAUUGGUAUUUUUGGUUCGUGGUGAUCCUGAUAUGUCUUCUUGUAGUCACAUCGUUCAUAUCCUACCUGGCCGGAUCUUGUAAGAGGAAACGCCACCGUUUAAUAAGGAUACGCCACACGUCAAGGUCGGCCGGAUCUGCACCCGCUGCCGCCAUUUGUGGCCCUGAAGGCAUUAUUCAGCCGCAUCUACUCUACAACAAGAAACCCAGACAACACCAUACUGCCUUCAUAUCAAAUAACACGGAAGAGCUGAAAGUUGAAGACGUGACCGGUCCACUGAGUCCGCCCUACCCGCCGGUGCAGCAGGUGACAAUAGUGCGCGGUUCCGCACCCCCUCUCGGCUUCCGGCAAACAAGCACCUACACCGAACUCGUCCUGCCGCCUGGCUAUGUCGACACCGACCCUCAUUCCAAGAGAUAGCAACACUAUCAACCAAAACAAACAUCUCUAUAAAA